AUGAUUGAAUAUUUAGAAGAGGUUGAUCACAUCAAUGGUGUUGACUAUAUAAAUAGUCUCCUCUACAUGGUUAUUUCCUUCCUCUCUCUUUAA